AUGAACGCGGGUGCCGCCUCCGCUAUUGCGGUAAAUCAACAUGGUCUCUCAUUUCUUCAGUCGAAACCACAGAAGUGGGACGUUGAUGUAUUCAUAAAUGAGUUUCAGGCUGUUGUUACAUCGCUUACGACCGAAGCAGUUGAGUUCGACAUGAUUAACGUCGAUUGCACGUUUGCCAAUGCACUUCGUCGGAUUCUGAUCGCUGAAGUCCCUUCAUUCGCGAUUGAUCGUGUCUAUCUGCACCAAAAUACUUCAGUUAUUGCUGACGAAACAUUCUGUCAUCGGUUAGGUUUGGUGCCCUUAAAUGUAGACGCUGAGCUGAUGGGUUUUUCCAACAACGAGCUCCCCGUGUCCGAUGAUUUGGAUGCAUUUGACCCAAACUGUCACCUAAUAUUCGACUUAGAUGUGAAGGCCGAGCGUCCUGUGGUAAUGGGUGAUGGUGAUGGUCUAUCGAAGGACAGUUUCCAGUCGGUCCCGUUAUAUAGUUCAAGUCUCAAGUGGGUACCGCUGCCUGGCCAGGAGGAUAACUUCAGGGCAGAUUGUACACGUCAACCAGGACCUAUCAAUGGCAAGAUUCUGCUUAACAAACUUGCUGUUGGUGACGAAAUUCAAGCCCGGUGUCUUGCUGUGAAGGGUGUUGGUCGUGAUCAUGCGAAAUUUUCUCCCGUCUCAGCAGCUUUCUACAAGCUACUACCAUCAAUUGAAAUACGCGGAACUGUAAGGGGUGAACUGGCAAAAAAACUUCAGAGAAGUUUCGCCAAAGGUGUCAUUAAUGUAAGGAUUUGCCUCCACUUUUGUCUUUUUCAUCAGGUAGAUCCUCGAACGCAAAUCGCAACAGUUGCGGACCCCCGUUUGGACAACGGAUCUCGUGAACACCUUAGACACCCCGAACUAGCUGAUCUUGUUCACGUUUUUCUUAACCCACGUCACUUCAUUUUUACGGUUGAGACCAUCGCCCCCAUCUAUCGCCCGCCAGACGUGCUUGUCAAGUACGCCAUCGAUGUGAUGCUUUCGAAAUGCGCCCACUAUCUCGCAAUCGUAGAAAGGCCUGAUUUUUCAGUCGGUCUACCAAGCUGUCCUGAUGUCGAUGUUUCCUUGGCAGACAUUGGUAAUGAGGAAACUAGAAGGACAACACUGAAUGGUCGUGUUGUUGGGUUGGAUGUUUUAUUUGUCUCCCCUGAUCUUCGAAGAGGAACAUUCCGCUUUACUGGUGAAGACCACACUCUUGGAGCUGCCCUUCGGUAUUGCAUUCUCCGCAGUGAAACAGUCAAGCUUUGUGGAUAUUGUCAGCCUCAUCCAUUGGAAGAUACAAUAACCUUCGAAAUCCAAAGUAGAGGCGAACCAGCUGUGGCAGUGCUCAGGAACGGCCUAUACUGUCUUCGGGCGUGUUUUGAACACAUAAAGCGCAAGUUCAAAUCAGCCGUGAAAAAAGUACAGCGACAGAAUCCAAAAUCAACGUCUUCCGAUUGA